AUGCGCUUCUUCACUCUUUUCGCCACAUUCGGGCUCGCGGCUCUUGUCGCAGCACAAGACACAAACUCCACUGGAACUGCUACAGGAACCGCCACUGGUAGCGCCGCAUCCGCGUCAACGUCCUUGGAUCCUCAGAUCAGAUGUCUGCAAAAGUGUGGUUCCGCCGAUGUGUGCUGUCAAGCAGCCUGUGUCAAUGUGCCUUGCCCCAGCCAGCUGCAAGCCAAUGCAACCACUGAAUGCGCCGCUCAAUGUCCUCAAGGAAAUGGCACAGCAGCCGAAACCGAAGAAUAUGCCGAGUGCCAGGCUGCUUGUAUCAGCGCCAACUUCCUCACAAACUCUGCGACAGCCACAGCCACUCCCACUGGAGAUGCUGCAGCUUCCACCGGAUCGGCCUCGUUCGGAGAUGGUGCAGCGACCACGACUGGUGCAUCAGGUUCAGGAAAUGGUGCAGCCUCGAGUACAUCUGGUUCAUCCGGCGCCGCACAAACUGGCAACGGUGCAGACAGUCUGCAUGUUGGAGCUGUGGGACUCGGAUUCCUGAGUCUGGUCGUCGCGGGGAUGGCCUUGUAA